AAGCGGCCGUGGGGUCCCGCGUGCCGCCAUGGCCGCGGCUUUCAGCAGCGACGGGGAGGCUGCGCUGCGGCGGGAGCUGCUCCCGGCCGGGGCGGCCGCACCGCAGGGCGACCUCGACGGCUUCUACGAGAUGGGCCGGGCCGCCGCCUUCGUACGGGAUGGCGGGUUCCGCAAGGUUGCCCUGCAGUUCCCUGAUGAGCUCCUGGCAGAYGCCGUGGAGGUGGCAGCGCGGAUGGAGGCCGCGACCGGGGCUGAGAUGUACGUGUUAGGAGACACCACAUAUGGCAGCUGCUGCGUGGAUGAAGUGGCCGCCGAGCACGUGGGUGCCGAGGCCGUGCUGCACUACGGCCCAGCCUGCCUCAGCCCCUGCAGAAAGCUCCCAGUGCUGCACAUUUUYGGGCAGCAGCCCCUGGACAUCGGGCGCUGCGCAGAGGCAUUCCGGGAGCUCUACCCCGAGCGGCAGAGCCGUGUGGUGGUGCUGAGCGAUGUGGUCUAUGCCCAUGCGAUGGGUGAGCUGGAGCAGCAAUUGUGUCCCGAGUACCCCAAUAUCAUCUUCUCCAGGCUGGUGUGUGGAGACCCUCCUGGCCCUGCAGUGCCUGGGGAGGAGCGGAAGUUUGGUCGCCAGUUCUGGGUGGAGACUGCGGGGGGGCUGCAGGACUAUGCCAUGUUCUACGUGGGAGCUGAGGGCCUUGCCCUCACCAGCUUCAUGCUGACCUGGAACCGCUGCCCCUUCAGUUCCUUCAACCCCAUCUCCRGCUGCGGCCGCCGCGAGACCCUCAAUGUCAACCGGGCGCUGAUGCGCCGCCUGUACCUGGUGGAGCGGGCCCGGGACGCCCGUGUGGUGGGCAUCCUGGUGGGCACCCUUGGCGUGGCGGGCUACCUGACCCUGCUGCAGCACCUCCGGGAGCUGCUGCACCGGGCCGGCAAGCGCAGCUACACACUGGCCGUGGGCAAGCCCAACCCUGCCAAGCUGGCCAACUUCCUGGAGGUGGACAUCUUUGUCCUGGUGGCCUGUGCUCAGAACUCCCUCCUGGACUCCAGUGACUUCUACCGACCUGUUGUGACCCCCUAUGAGCUGGAGCUGGCCUGCAACCCAGCCCGUGAGUGGACAGGGAACUACCUCACAGACUUCCGAGACCUGCUGCCAGGUGCCUGUGCGCAUGUUGAGCUCCCAUCAGCUGUUCCCACAGCAGAGGCUGUUCCUGACGUUUCGCUGAUCACAGGGAACAUGCGUGCUACCCACCUCUGCGAUUCCCCAACCUCCCUGUCACCCCCCAGCACCGCCCUGGCCAGCAGGGACCAGACAUGGGCACUGGCAGAGAUCAGCCCUGCAGCCUCCUUCCUGGAGUCYCGCAGCUGGCGGGGCCUGGAGCAGCAGCUGGGACAGACCCCGGUCUCCAAGGCUGUGCAGGGCCGACGAGGGAUUGCCAUUGCCUAUGAGGACGAAGGGUGUGAGCAACCCUGAUAGAGCAGCAUCAGCACCCAACCAGGAGUGGGGCCCUGUGGGGGCCCAGGCAUUGCCUCCCACUGCGUGUGGGACCUGCUGCCAGCUGGGCCCUUGCUGCAUGGAGCCCUGGGUCAGUAGUACUGCAGUGGGAGAGCAGGAGUGGCACGUGUGUUCUGGAAUGCUCAUGGCCAGGGCAGCAGCGGGGCCAGGAGAGAGAGGCACUUGGCCCAGAUCCAGCCUCUGACAGCUCCUCCGUCCAGGGCAGCUUUGUCCCUAUGUGGAAAGGUCACAUCUCUGCMAGAGCUGACAGUGCUGGGACUUGAGGCUUUUGUGAACUACUGCUGCUAACUAAUGCUGAAGAGGACUUGUGAGGGAAGUGGUUUUUGGAAUAAAACAUGGGCUGAGGACGGCAGAUGGGUGAUAYGACCAGAGUGAAAAACAAAUCAUGRUGCCCACUUGAGGAGCAAAGCCCCRUGUGUCAGCUAAAACCAGCCUGAGAGAACAGAAAACSAGAGCUGGGACCUCCAGCAAUGAAAGUCCAGGCUGGACUGGGACACUAAGGCAAGGGCAGGGGGGCUCCAAGCAUGAGCAAGCCCCUCAUCCUCUCUGAUAAAUGGGAAUGGGGUGCACACAUUUGUGUGCAGGAAAGGACCCCAUGUUUGGCAGCAGUGGARUCUGGCCCCUUUCAUGUGAGACUGAGCAAGCAGGAUGGGCUGGUUUUUGCCAUCCAAAAGCCAGGGAGACAUUGAGGCAUCCCAACCUUGAUUUAACCCCCUAGAGGCAAGAGGCAGGCAGAGUCUGGGCACUGCAGUAACGACAGCCACAACAUAGAAAUAUUCUUAAUAUAAUUAGGUGCAGGGCCUCCCCCCUCCCAACCACACGUACAAACGAGCAGGGGGCAAGUCCCCCCGCCCAGCCAGCCACUGCUGCAGGCAAGGGGCAGCCUCCCCGCUGCGGGGCACGGGCACCCACAGGGAAGGGCUGGGGAGGGGCUGGUAGCCCGAGGAUGGGGCAGUCUUGCCCAGGCUUCCCCUGCCCCGCCACCACCUCCUGCAGCCAGCACUCCUGUCCCCUGCGAGGAGGGAGCAUGCUGGGGGAAACAAAGAUGCUGACACCGAGAGCAGCCACCAAAUCUAGCUGAGGAGCGUCCCAAGUGGGUUAAUUCUAGGUGGAGGGUUAUUCUAUGAGCUGUACUGCAGCAGGGCAGGGAGGAUGGGGGGGCUUUUCCUUGGGAAGAGCUGGUCCAGGCAAAUCGUCCGUGGUCCUGGCCAGGUGCUCAGUAGUCUGCUGUGUAUUCUGUACCAUGCAGCCCUCGGCACAACAAAGUGAACUCCUUCACCAUCUCCUUCACUCGCCUCUUGUUCACACGCUCUCUGCUAAGACAGAGGGAGGGGACAAACAUGAAGGAGGAGGACUGCACUGGGCCAUGCAGGGGCGUCAUUUCCACYACAUGUGGGGCACGGCUGCCAGGGCAAGUGGCACACGAACCUGAGGAUCUGCUGGCUGAAGUUUUCCUUCUGCUCCGGAGUGACUCGGGCUGAGGGGAAACCAUCCUGCUGCAUGGCCUCCUUGAUCCAGAUGCUCAGAAGGCUGAAGCAGUGCUUGUUCAAGGCAAAGAGGAUUUCUGCAAAGUGAUCCAUGAGGCUGCGGGAAGCCUGGCCACCGAUGCCCUGCCACAGAGCAAACAACAUGCUGAGCCCACACUGUCACUCUCCCUGCUCCCACCCUGGCUCAGGAUCAGAGCCCAGUGCUGCCUGGGGAACCACGGUCCAGUCUCUCACCUCCAGCACUGCCUGCAGCARUGCUUUGCCGUUCUCAUGCACGACCUGUCCCACCGGAGCAAUCUCUCCACAGCGGGGCAGCAGCUCCGU